AUGGCUUCCUUCUACAAGACGGCAGCAGCAGUGUGCCUCGUCGCACUCGGUGUGCUCCAAUCAGAGGCACAGCAGGGCACUGGCGGGGGACAGGGGGGUUCUACAACUUAUAAAUUUAAAGUAGUGGAGGUAGAUGAAGACGCCUACUUAUCCGCCAACUUGGCCCGUAAUGGAAAGCUCCCAGUUCACAUCAGUGAAGUCACAAAGGACGACGACCUUGUCACUGCCUUGACGGCAGAAGUAACACCCAAAGAACAGCAAACUGCGCAGAACUGCACUGCAUUGAUAACCACCGAACUGAAGGGUCGCUUCCAUUACUCUUUCGAGCACGCACCCGAGUCGGAGGCCAGUUUCGACUACCGUCAAUUACUGCAGGGAGCUCUUGAAGCGGGACUGAAAGUCUUCAAGUGUACCCAAGUAGUAACUCAAGGCAGCGCGGGACUACUUAACGAAGGUGGCGAAGGUCAAGGAGGACCGACAGAAACUCCCACAAAUCAUGCUGUACUUUUCUGCGAUCUCAAACCUGCGGCGGUGAAGGACUCGGCCCCCUUUGAUGAGGAGUAUUUCAACGGACUUAUAGAACGAACCACUCAAUUAAAAGAUAUGACAAAAGACGACCUGAAGAAUUCGGUUGGAAAUGGCCCUGUAGCAACGGCCUCUACGAUCCUAAUUGCCGGUUUGGUUGCUAUGCUGACGGCCGUCUCUGCCUAG